AUGGAACACAUGCGGGGUGUCACUGCCGGCCCUGGCAAGCAGUCUGCCCAGCAGGAAUCCCCUGAGCAACUACUCGACGUCUUCAAGGCAGCGGCGCUAUCCGUUACGAAACUGUAUAAGACUUCUGCGGCCGCACAAUCGAAGGCUCGGGCCGAUGGGUAUCAGGACUGUCUAUACGAUAUGCUGGCGUUUUUGGACAAGGAGACUACGGGAACAGGCGAUGGGGAUGGCUUGAAGAUCCGGAGAUGGAUUCGGGAGAGGCUUGAUGGCCGGGAGAGCAGCUCGCCAAACACCGAAAGCGAGGACGAAAUCGACAAAGCAGAAACAUCUUCAUCACCCGAACUCACUCGCCCCAAUACCGUUGCCCAGCAGAUGAGCCAAAUGCGAACCGACUCGGCACCUCCAAGCAUCCCUCCUACUGCUACUGUUGAAGAACAAACACCACUUGUGGUCCCUUCCCAAGACAAUUUCACGUUCCAGUCUGCGCAUCCGUAUCCCAAUAUCGCCACUCUCAACCUUUCCGACUCGAGACCUCACGACGGCUCAUCCAUGACGGCCACAAGGCCGUCCAAAACCCGCUUGAACAACCCAGGUCGAGCAUGUCCCAGAGGGCCAGGGCAUUUGGCCCAAAGGGCUGGAGCUAAGCGCAAGUUGAACUUUGAGGAGAUAUUCGAUCUUGGCAGCCUGGGUGGAAAGGAUCCUUUCGGCAACGGAGGGGGGAAGCGAGGCCGGCAUGCUUAG